GUUUAUCUGUCCUCUAACUAGCCCGUCACAACAUUCUCAUACCCUCCCCGGCUCUGUAAAACAAGAACUUGCGCCUCCGGUUCGUAAAUUUGAAAAUUUGAGGCGGAAGCGAAACAAACAAAUACAGAUACAGAUACAUAUACAAGUGAGAGUCAGAGAGUGUGUAUCAGACGCAGCAAUGGCUCCACCACCGCGCACGAUCUCGCAAGAAGCAUUCGAUGAGAUGGUGAAGGAGAACAUCGACGACCUCGACAUGGAACCCGCCGAGGCUCUUCAAGACGCAAUCCAAACCCUCACUCUCCAAGGCGUCGAUCUCUCCGGUAUCGUCACCUGCGUUCCGGGAGAGAGCAACCCGGUGAUCGAAUGCUUGGAGAGGUUGAAGCGGUUAGAUUCUGAACCGGUGGUGGUGGAUUUGGAUGGAGUUGUUCAAGUGUUUGAUCAGAUUAAGGACUUGUGUGCCGCUGAGAUUGCCAAUGCGGCGAUUGCCACCAAGAAUGGUGCUGUGGAAUUGGCUUGUUCUCUUUGCUCCAAGAUAGCUGGAUCUGACGCUGCUUUGCUUUCCGCUUUCAAUGCCAUUGCAUCGAUGCUUCGCGAUGUUCAAAGUACUGGAGCAUUUCAGAGAAGUAAUGGACCUAGGAUUAUAGUUGAUAUCUUAAAUGAUAACAAGCAAAAGAUAGACAUCCUAGACAGUGGCUUUCAUGUUGUGGCUUCAGCUGCAACUGGUGAUGAGAUUGUCAAGGAGUCAUUCAUGGAGUUGAAAGUUGAUGAGUUAGUUAUGGAGAUAAUGUCCAUACAUAAGAACACUGGAAUUCAAAAUGUAUAUGAUGCUAUUCGUGCUCUUUUAACACCUGACGACAAUAGAGUUGUUGCUUCGCAAGUAUAUGGUUAUGCACGGAAAUUUUCUAAGAUUGGGAUUGCAGAUGCCAUUGUGGAUUCUCUGCGAGCAGGACUUAGCUCCCCUCACCUAGUAUCAGCAUGCAUCACCUUAAAGGCCAUUGCUGUAAAUGAUGAAAUAUGUAAAUCCAUUGCUGAUAAAGGUGGUAUUGAUUCAGUGCUCAGAUGUAUAGAUGACAGUGGUGAACAAGGCAACAAAGCUGUGGCCAAAGUUUGUUGCUCAUUACUUUCAAAUUUAGCAGGAAGCGACGCAAACAAGAAUGCAAUCGUUGGAAAGGGGGGUAUGGAUAAGCUUAUCAAACUUUCUGCCAGAUGUGCUGAUGACCCUUCUGUUUUGCAAGAGGUUAUGUCUAUCAUUUCUGUGCUUUCAUUAAGAUCCCCAGAAAAUGCAGCUCGUGCCAUUGAAGCUGGUGCUGGUGACCUUGCUAUUCAAGCCAUGGAGAAAUUUCCUGCAGCACACCAAAUGCAAAGAAGCUCCUGUCUUAUGAUCAGAAACCUAGUAGUCAGAAAUCCAGAGAACAGAACUAUAUUGCUUAAAAAUGGAAUUGAGAAAUACAUAAGGAAGGCAAAGCAAACACAUGGAAACUGUAAGGAUGCUGCUACAGAUGCACUGAGGGAUUUGGGGCUUGAUAAUUACAACUUGUAGCUGAUAAUUUUUUACCUCUUGUUUUUCAAUGUAACAGUACCGAUAUUCUUUUGCUUCUGAAGAAAAUAUGAGUAUGAGUCUAUGACUUCAUGUUCUUAUCAUUCUCAUUCUCUACUAGAUAUUGUAUGUGCGGAAUUCAUUGUACAAAACUGAGGAUGAAAUCUUAUUCCCUUAUCUGUCA